GCUGUCUUGACAGGAGGGCGCAUGAGACAAAGAAGUUGGCACAGAAGCCGAGCGCGCGGAGAGCUUUGGGGAAACAGGAUCUGGAAACCAGCGUUCUGACUCGCGAACGCGCGCGCUAUGGACUAAACUGUGUUGAGCUGAGGAGAGCAGCGCGCGCAGCAAGUCUCUGUUAUAGUUACAUUUCACUUAGUUCUGUUCUACUUUCUGUCUGCUAUUCCUUAAACUUACCGUGACUGGAAACAAGAGCAGAAAUUAAAAAACAGCGUCGGCAUCAUGAAGCUUUUGUUUUUGCCACUUUUAAUGACCCUUAUUGCCGUUGCUCAAGUUUUUUGCGAAGAUGGUGAUCCAAAAGAAGGAGCUGACUACUGGACGAGCAGUAACCAGAUUCAGGAUGACUGGCUCUCCAAUGACCCAUUCAGAGAAAUCCUCCUGAGGAUGACGAGGAAGCCGCGGCCGCAUCAGUUCAUUGGUCUGAUGGGGAAGCGUUCUAUGGCAAACGCACAGAUCACCAGGAAAAGACAUAAACUCAACUCGUUUGUCGGCCUGAUGGGAAAAAGAAGCCAAGAAGAACCAGAGUCCUACGAAUGGAGCACAAUACAGAUGAAUGAUCAGCGGCGCUAAGCUAAGCAGCCGUCCCCUGCCUGUGUCUCAUCUCGUCAUACCUCACCCACUGGAAGAGUACCCGAUGCCGGUUUUGUUUUCUUCAAAAUGUGUAUAGCUGUUAGUCAAAUAAAAUGAUUGUUUCCACAUUGUAGUGAUGUAGCAGUGCUCUGCCUGUGCCAGUUUCAUCUGUCCCAGCAGAAGGUACAUGGGGGGACGUAAGGAGGGGGGAAAGCUGUCAUUAUCGAUGUUCUAAGUGGUCUCUGAGAGAGUUUACCUCCAUCUGCCAUGCCACAAAUGUUAUAUGUUGUAGUGGACCAUCCAAUCAAAGCUAUACCCCCCGGGGUACACUGAUAAUUGCACUGCCAACUCCUCUUCAUUGUGCCUCAUAGCUGUUUAUUUGCAACUGUUUGCUCUAGAAACACAUCAAACAGAAGUUCUUCUAUUUGUUUUCAUGUUCUCCACCUGCACACCUGGUGCGAAAGGACAAAAUAAACGUGUUACAGUGAAUUAACAUA